AUGACAGAGCCACGUAUGCGCCUGCGGCAAAAAGGCCAGCAGUUCCCUACACAAGACUUAGAAGCCUUCCUCCUCGCCUUCGGCGACAACGACUACCCCUUACCAGAAACCAUGCGCGUCCUCGACGAAAUCAUAACCGACUACAUCAUCGAAACCUGCCACGAAGCCGCGUCCGUCGCGCACCACGCCCGGCGCGCCAAGAUCAAGCUCGACGAUUUCAAGUUUAUGCUAAGGCGGGAUACGGGGAAGCUGGGCAGAGUGUCAGAGAUGCUGGAGACGGAUAAGGAGCUCAAGAGGAAGAGGAAGGCGUUUGAUACUGAUGAGGGGGCCGUGCUUGUGGAGAAGGAUGGUGCUGGGGGGGAUGGGGAGGGUGGUGGAGGAGGAGGGGGUGGUGGGGGAAGGGAAGGUGGGGGGAAGUUGGGGAGGCCGAGGAAGAAGGUUGAUGGUGGGGAUGGAGAGGGAGGAGGUGGAGGGGAGGAGCCGAAGAAGAAGAAAAAGAAGAAGAAGGUUGAUGGGGGUGGGGAUGAUGCUAGUACCGUAAGGAGUGGAUGA